GGUUUCCCUGGUGACGGUUGCCAGGACAGCGCAGCAAAGCGUCUGAAGAGGUGACUGAGCUUCUGCAGCUAGAGAUGGAGAGCAGCGGAGCAAACACUGGCAUGAUGGCAGAGGAUGAAGGCUCGCAGGACACCCUGAGGCUCCAGUUUAGAGCCAUGCAAGAGAUGCAGCACAAAAGGUUACAGAAGCAGAUGGAGAAACGGAAGGAAAAAGAGCUGAGCCUCCAAAGCAGAGGUGAUGACCAAAAAGAGCCCCUGGAGAUGUCUGAUGGCCUCAGCGUCCUCCAGGCUGGGGAGCAGAACUCGAAAACCAGCUUUGAGGAGAGGGUGCUUGAAGAUGAGAUCGAACAGCUUCGGGAUCAACUCCGGGAAACAGUGGAUGAGAACGGGCGAUUAUAUAAGUUGCUGAAGGAGAGGGACUUUGAAAUCAAACAUCUCAAGAAGAAAAUAGAAGAAGACAGAUUUGCCUUUACAGGGACAGCUGGUGUGGCUGGAGAUGUGAUUGCCACCAAAAUCGUCGAGCUGUCCAAAAAGAACCGGGUGCUGAUGGCAGAGUCCGAGGGUGCAAAGACCAGGGUGCGGCAGCUGAGCAACCGCAUCCAGGAACUGGAGCAGGAGCUGCAGAUGGUCCAGGCCAGGCUGCCAGCCAAGGAGCCCACUGACGCAGGAGGCAAGCCACUGAGGACCCAGACGGGAGACAGAGUCUUGCCGGAGAACCCAGAGGUGAAAGUCUUGCAGGACAGGCUGGCGGCCACAAACUUGAAGAUGAGUGACCUCCGCAACCAGAUCCAGGCUGUGAAGCAGGAGCUCCGGAUGGCCCAGAAGGUUUUGACUAGUGAGGUUGGCGAAGAUGUGAACAUCCAGCAGCUCCUGUCCUCACCUGGGACCUGGAGGGGUCGGGCUCAACAGAUCCUCGUCCUGCAGAGCAAGGUUCGAGAGCUUGAGAAACAGCUGGGACAGACCCGGAGCCGGUCUGAAGAAACAGCCAGUGAGCUGUCUGUCUAUCCUGACCCAAGGAAGCUGUCGGCCCAGGAGAAAAAUCUGCUGCGGAUCCGCAACCUGGAGAGGGAAAAACAGGAAGGCUGGGAGAAACUUGCGGCGGAGCGGGAUGCCCUCCAGAGAGAGCUCGAAGAGCUGAAAAAGAAGUUUGAGGGCAUGAGGUCCCGGAACAAGGUGCUGUCGAGCGAAGUGAAGAGCCUCAGGAGUCAGAUGGGGACCCUUGCGGAGAAGGGCCGGCAUGAUGAUGAGCUCAUCGAUGCUCUCAUGGACCAGCUGAAGCAGCUCCAGGAGAUUCUGAGCAGCCUGAGUCUGCAGGAGGAGAAGACGCGAGUGUCCCAGCACCGCCUAGACCAGCAGCUCAACAGCGAGGCUCAGCGGAGCAGCAGCCUGGUGGCCCAACUGCGGGCCAUGGUGGCUGAGCGGGAGGCCAAGGUGCGGCAGCUGGAGCUGGAGAUCGGGCAGCUCAGUCUGCAGUAUCUUCGGAAUAAAGGAGUAGAUGAGGGCUCCAGUGGACCCGAGGUCAGCCGGGCCUCUGCCAAGCUCCCCGACGACCCUGGCCUGACCAAGCCCCCAGCCUCAGAGGGCGAUCAUGCUGGCAGGCUUGGAUCUUCCCGCUCCGUGACCAGCCUGGGCCACACACUGGUGGAAUCUUCUCUCACAUGGCCUUCCCUGCCCAGUCCUCAUGGGGCCUCACCCAGGUUCUUGGACUCCCCUGAACAAAAAGGCUGGCAGACACAGGUGACGGAAUUCAAGGCCCUCUGGCAGGCUGCCGAGGUGGAGCGCGACCGGCUCACCGAGUUUGUCACUGUCCUGCAGAAACGGGUGGAGGAGAGGAACAGCAAGCUUCUGGAGUCAGAGAGGAGGCUGCAGGAGGAGCGGCACCGCGCCGUGGUGCUGGAGCAGCACCUGGAGAAGAUGCGCCUAGAGCCGGGCAGGAUGUCAGCCUCUCAGAGAGCAGCCCCCAGGAGCAAAACAGGUCUGCCUACCUCAAACACCAGGCACCACCCGAACGAAAGUGAGAGGAAGGACCCAUCUUCCACCCAGCUCUCCAGCGUGCCCAUGGAAUCCCAGAUGGAGGAGCUGACCACCAGGUUGGCCAUCCAGGUGGAGGAGAAUGAAAUGCUGAAGGCAGCCCUAGGCAAUGCCCUGCAGGGAAAGGAGGAGGACUUCCGAAUGUACCAUGAGACCCUGGACCAGGUGAAAGGGGUUUUCCUGCAGGCCCUGCGGCAGCAGAAAGCAGACAAGCACUAGGAUGGCAGCCCAGUGUCAGCCUGGCUGGACAGGGCAGCCUUAGGCCUUGAGAGGACGAGGUUCUAUCUGAGGACUCCAUCUGCUCCUGGAAGCCAACCUGAAACAGCCAUCUGGGCCCCUUCUGCCAGAAGAGGUGCUUCAAAGGUGACCAGAGCCAAUACCCCAUGGCAGGAGGGCAAUAUCCCUGGGCAUGCUUAGCCACAGCAGGGAAGGAGACUGACACCCUGUCAGCAUCAGCAAGAGCUCUGGGAUGAGAAGCCAGCUGUGGACGGACAGAUGCAGUCCCUUGGGCAGGUGCUCACUGCCCCUGUCCCCUGCAGGCCCACAGAGCUCCACAUGUGCAGGAGGAUGCAGAGGGCUCUGGGCUGGGAACAUCCCCCAGCCACCCAGUCACACUCCAUCUCCCUCAUCAGAGCAUCCUCAUAGCCCAAUGCCAAUCCCAAGCCAGGGCUCCAUCUGUGGGCAUCCCUCCCUCUGCAGACUUGGGGGCCACUAUGCUCCUAGUCAUCUUGUCGACCCACACCUUAGGGUUCUUCCUUAGAUUCAGACCCUCAGGUGUGUAAUAAUAAUGAUUAUUUUCAUGAUCAUUGCAGAUCCCAGUGAGUGGGCAUCUACUGUGUAAACCUGACCCCCAUCAAGAUCUCCAAUAACCCAGGGGGUUGUCACUCUGUUUUACAGAUGGAGAAACUGAGGCUCAUGGAAAGACACAGAGCUAAUAUUUAACCCUGGUCUGCAUGCCUCCAAAAGCCAGGGCCUCUAAAAGCCUGGGCCUCCUUGAGCUGAUUACCCCGGGUGGGCGUGCUACCCACUGCUGGGCAGCUCUGCCCCCCACCAGCUGCUCCAAGAGGCACCUCUUUUUGCUUCCCAAAGGCUGCAGCUGGUGGGCACUGGUGGCAGAGGGCAGAGGCGAGGCCAGCAGGAAGAUUUUGAGGCAGUGGGUCCAGGCAAAGGAAGAGUGUACCUCCCUCCCCACGGCACAGGGCUGAGCUGGGAGCGCUGCUGCAGGAGAGCUCCAGGCCCCUCUGUGACUGCCACAGGGUCACCCCCUCCACUGCAGUUACUGUCGUGGGGAGGGGUGGCUCCAUGGAGGGCAGCCACAUCUCUGCUCACACGGGCCCACACAAAGACACACACACACACAAAUCCCUGGACUCGGGAGUAUGAAUCAUAUGUAUACACAUGUGCCAACAGAUGGUGCUGACUCCAGACUCAUAGGUCCUGCCUGGCCAUUAACCUUCAAGUGGCAUCAGAGAAAAACUUCCUUCCCAGGAAACCUGAGGGGCCCUUCAUCCUGACUGCCUUCACUACACUUGCUGAAGUCUCUAGACCUGUCACCCCAUGCAGGGUUGAGACUCCGAGUAGGGGGGCCAGCAUGGACUCCCUCCUCAGCCCCAUCCUUGAAGAAGGGCUCCAAGAGACAGGGUC